GUCAAGAUUAUAACUUUUCAGAGUUAAGAUCAGAGAGGACACAUUUGCUGAGAACCAAGAGUUGGGCUACAAGACAUUGCAGACUACCAGGAGUUGAAAUGGGUCUUCCAGCCGGGCUGUUAGAGUUCUUGGGGCCAGUAGGGUGGGGGGCAGCAGCGCUGGUAGGGGUGGUUAUAGUGAUUCAAGUGGUUAAAAAGAACAGAGAGGAGAAACGUUCUAUUUCUCCAGGAACUCACAAGUGUUUUGGUGACGAGAGAACACGGUUGAAGGAGGAAAAGUCUAAUGAAGCUUCUGGAAGAACUGGAAACUCUAGGAAGAAUAGAGUAGAGCCAUGCCGUCAUGACGAACAUGAGGAUGACAUAAUAAAAGGUUACGGCCUUGGACAUGUUCACAAAUAUAAAGAUGACAAAAAAUUUCGACCAUCUUGGUGUGAUAAGGAGAAUGAAGGCAUUACAGAGGCAGACCAUAUUCCACCUAAAGAUUCUCUGAGGAAGGCCCUAAACAAUGGACGACUGGAUCGUCUCCUACAAGUGAAUCCAAGCCUUCAUGAGAUGAUCAUGAGCCUUGUUAAUGACCCAACUGGACAGAAACUAUUAACCAUGAGGGUUCUUUACCAGGACCACAGAGAUGCUCUGACCACUGGUAGCAGCAAAGAAUCUAAAAUAAGCAGGUGGAUUUUGACACAAACAAUGCUAAGCGGAAAAGAUGAUUGUGCAGUAAAAAUGCUGGAGCAAGCUUUUAUCAUGGGUCAUCCUAUAGCUUCCCAGAUGCUCAGACAUGAUGCUGGAUUGGUUGACGCCGCACUACGUACCGAGGGUAAAGUUGACAUGUCUAAUGAAGGCACAAGGAGCUACUACAGAUAUGGCUACACUGACCUGGUCGAUGAAUAUCUCUACAAGGGGAUAAUCAACGAGGGUCAAGCAAGAGACCUCAAAAUAUGGGUGAAAAGAGAGAUGCACCUGGACCGGGAUACCCCAGAGUAUAAGGAGAUCCUUGAAGACAUUCAUGAUUUCUAUGACUGUUUUCAUAUGUUGUAGGCUUACUCUUAAAGCAGUAUCCAAGGGGAAAGAAUCAAAAGUAUACCUUCCAUCACUUAUCGAUCAUAUUUUGGAGUAGCCUACAAUUUCAUGAAUUUCAUGUUGAUAAUCUCAUCUUAUAAUUAUAAUGUUUUGCUUUACAACAUGAUUGGUUGAUCCACAGAUGUUGCAAUCUCUAUUGCACUCCACACUGCCCUUUCCCACCUGGACGAAAGGAACAUCUAUGUGAGAAUGCUGUUCAUUGACUACAGCUCAGCGUUCAACACCAUAGUACCCUCAAAGCUCAUCACCAAGCGAAGGAUCCUGGAACUAAACACCUCCCUCUGCAACUGGAUCCUGGACUUCCUGACAGGCCGCCCCCAGGUGGUGAGGAUCGGUAGCAACACAUCUGCCACGCUGAUCCUCAACACUGGAGCUCCCCAGGGGUGCGUGCUCAGUCCCCUCCUGUACUCCCUGUUCACCCACGACUGCAUGGCCAGGCACGACUCCAACACCAUCAUUAAGUUUGCUGAUGACACAACAGUGGUAGGCCUGAUCACCGACAACGACGAGACAGUCUAUAGGGAGGAGGUCAGAGACCUGGCCGGGUGGUGCCAGAAUAACAACCUAUCCUUCUAUGUAACCAAGACUAAGUAGAUGAUUGUGGACUACAGGAAAAGGAGCACCGAGCACGCCCCCAUUCUCAUCGACGGGGCUGUAGUGGAGCAGGUUGAGAGCUUCAAGUUCUUGGGUGUCCACAUCAACAACAAACUAGAUUGGACCAAAUACACCAAGACAGUCGUGAAGAGGGCACGACAAAGCCUAUUCCC